AUGCUCAUGCGCAAGGAAAAAGAAGACUUGACGGAUCGCGCUCGUGCCGCCGAGCCCGCGCCGAAAAGUGUCAAGCAACCCUCCGACGACUUGCUCAAGAAGCUCGCUCGGCGCGAGAAGGAGCUGGAGCAGUGCAAGCAGCUUUUGCGAGACAAGGACGCGGCCGCCGACGAGGUCCAGACCCAAGUGCAACAGCUCCAAACAACACUGGAGCGUACGACGACGACCACAUCGGCACUGCAACAACAAUUGGAUGAGGCCACGGAUUCGGCCAAGAAGGCGGGUAUUGAGCUGCGCCAACUCAAGCUCUCGACCGACGACACCAAGAAAAAGUACCAACGCAGUAUCAAGGAGCUGAAGGACGAGAAGGCCGCGCUCAGUUCGGAAAACGCGCAGCUCGCGCAGCGUCUCGACGACGCGACGACGGCCAAUGCGCAGACGUUAGCGCUCAAGAAGCAGCUCACGCAGGCGCGCGACCGGCUCGCAAGUAUCGUAGCCGACCACGACGCACGGGUUGCACAGAUUACGAGUGCCCACGCGGCAGCGCUCCAAGAGCUCCACGCCCAACACGCGCAGGCACUCGCGCAGCAGCGAGACGACCUGGCCAGCGCCCACGCGCAGGAGCUGCAAGCCAAGCUACAGGCAACGACGAUGGUGUCGCAGAUUGAGAAAGAGCGGGAUCAAGUGCGCGCGGACGCCCUCCGCCGACUCCAAGACGAGCUGAAGAUUGAGAAAGAAGAAAAUGUCGAUUUGCUCCAGACAGUCAAGUCGCUUCAGGACAAGCUGCGGCUCGUCGCAGAGCUGCACCGCGACGCGGAGCGAGCAAAAGCGGCGGCCGAGGUCGAGAAGGAAAAAGCGCUCGCGUGGAGCGCCAAAGCCGAAGACGCGGCCGAUGCGUGCGAAGCCCAAGCCAACAAGUUCAAGGACGAGUGCGUCGUCCUGGAAGAGAAGCUCUCGGUCGUCGACGCCGCGCUCCGUCGGCGCGGCAUCUCGAUGGACUUUUUACUCAAGAAGAAAACUGCCAACAACAACGACGACGACGAGCCGCUCAAGGCCAAAGCGGUGCCAUCGCACGGAGUCAAGGCCAAGAAGAAGGUCGUGGCCGAGCCCGAAGGUCGCGACGAGAGCGUCAAGCCGUCGCGCCGCAAGUAGCAAUGCAAUACAUCUCUCUUAGAAGGGACAACUUUUACUGCAUGUAGCGCUCGGUAAACGUCGC